CCCCUGGUAGAAAAUAUAUAUUUAGUAUCUAUUCGCUUAAACCCACUAAACCCUUAUAAAAACCCUGACUUUCAGGAGUGCAGAUUUUUCUGGGUUCCUUGCAAAAUUUCCAGAGAAAUCUCCUUACAUGGCGGCUCGGCUCGGCCUCCGUCUCAGAUCUCAUCUUUUGCGCAGCGCCGUAUUAUUCCAGUCCUCCCUUCGCCGCCAACCUCCGGUCCUCGCCGUGAUCGAAUCCCCGGCGUCGACUUUGUCCCAUGCUCGUGUCAUUGACUAUCCGUUCACCGCCUCUGGCCUCCGGUUCUUCUCUACUGGCGGUCGGCGCCGACCGGUCCGGUCUAAAAAUAUUGACAUCGGAGCGCGAGCUCGGCAGAUCCAGAACCGGCGGCUCUGGACCUAUUCCCUAUCCAUCGGCAGCGCCUCGGCGCUCAUUGUCCUAGUCUUGUAUCAAUUUCAAGAUCAAAUGGUGUUCUACGUGACUCCUACUGAUGCUCUGGAGGAAUACGCUAAGAAUCCUUCCAAAAACAAGUUCAGAUUGGGCGGUUUGGUGCUCGAAGGCAGCGUGAAGCAGCUGGUGUCGUCGCCGGAUAUGGAGUUCGUGGUCACAGAUCUGAUCACUGACAUUUUGGUACGGUACGAUGGGGCCUUGCCGGACUUGUUCCGUGAGGGACAUUCGGUGGUGGUGGAAGGGUUUGUGAAGCCAUUCACGGAUGAAAUCCGGAAGGACGAGUCAGCAAGGAGUGUCGCCGGGAAGGCGAGAAGCAUAGAUUGUUAUUUUUCAGCGAUUGAGGUGCUUGCAAAGCAUGAUGAGAAGUAUAUGCCUCAAGAAGUGGCAGCGGCUAUAGAGAGGAAUAAAAAGAAACUUGCGGAGAUGGCUGAAGAGGGGGAGACAGCUACAAGCUCAUAGAUUAAUGGGUAUGAUUUGAUUUUCUUGUUUCUGAGCCGUACCCAAUUCUGAUACUCGAAUACAUACUUUACUUGAGGUUUCAAGUAAAGAUUUUGUUGUUGUAAUGCAACAUUAAUAAUUCUUUAUUGGUGAAUUCUGUGGUAUGGAUAAUGAAUAAAUCUGAUCAAUGAUCAGAUAUUGAUGA